UGAAAAUAUAAAUCUAUAAAAGAGACAUUCAUCCUAACCACAUACCGCAGAAAAAAAUUUACAUUAUAUAAAUCGCCUUUGUUUUUCAAUAUGUUUUUGAAAACUCUUAUUAUUGUAUGUGCUGUCACAAGUGUCUAUAGUCAAGCCGUAGGAACAUGCCCACCUGUAGACGGAGAUUUUCCUGUAUACCUUCCAGAUGCCACGGACUGCAUUAUAUUCUAUGAGUGUUCAAAUGGUAAACCAAUUCAAUUACAAUGUGCCCCUGGUACAUUAUUUGAUGAAAAAAGAGGAAUAUGCGCUAUUGAAGUUAAUUGCGGAAAUAGGUCCACGCCAAAAUCUUUACCUGCCGAUUUAUAAUUUUAGUUUACUUGAAUUGUAAUGUUAUAUGCAGUAUUUUUUAAUAAAAUUGUAAAUUGUGUUAUGAUAAA